AUCUAGAAUAGUAAGAAAGGACAACACAAUGAGUCUCUAAGCCCAUGGGUCACAGUUCAUUUAUGUUUUACUAAGUCUAUCCGCGGAAUUCUUACUUGAUAGUUUCGAAUUCGAGGAGAUUGUUGAGACAGUAACUUUAUCGUUAUUAAAUGUUAAUUAAUUGAAUAACUUUGAAUAAUAAUGCCAUUGAUAGAACAAGCGAUUACUGGUCAGGAGGUAACGAUACCACCAAGAUUGCCAACGAUAUUGAAACAAUUUUGUAAGGCAGCUAUUCGAACCCAACCCUACGAUCUUUUGAGAUGGUCCAGUGCAUAUUUUCGUGCAUUAGCCGACGGCGAGGAACCACCAGUUAAAUUGAGACUCGAAUAUCCACCACCUAGUACAGCUUCUGGUUUAACACUUGGCUUCCUUAGAGUUCUUCUCCGUCAAUUUGGAGAUUACAACAAAACAUUGUCGAUCGAUGUUAUCUCACGUCGUUGGGAAUGCUUGUGUCUCGAUCGUAAAGAAUUAAAUCUGAUAAUGAUGAUAGGGAAAUUUCGUCGAAAGUGCCAAGUUAAGAAGUUUUUGGCAAUAGCCGUUGGUCUUUUAGGAUCUAGUUUACGUGAGACAAUGAUUAUGAUCUGCGAAUUAUUUACGCAUGAACCUGACGGUGGAUCGGCCAUGGUUCCAGUUACAUUAUUCAUGGAAAUUUAUGGAUACUUGGCCGGUCUUAGAUGCGAUGGUAGCGAAAGAAGUUCAUCUGAAGAAGAUCCAACAGAAUUUCUUGUAUUCGACGAGUCUAAUAGUAGUACAUCUUCGAAAGUACACGAGUCCAUCGAUAAUAACAUCUCCAUUGAUCGUGUAUAUUCGAUCGCUAGUCAAGAUACUGAAGCCGAUGUCAAUUUAGAUUUGAAUUUAAUUUCUAAGGAAGCUGCUGAUUCGUCAAAUAUGAUAAUAUCGCCAGAAAUUAGUGGGAGUUGUUCGACGCGGGAAGAUGAUUCGAACGAGAAUGUCGAUGAUAAAAUUUCGAGCAGCAAUAACACAAUUGAAUCCACAUCGGAUAGUACAUUGAAACGCGAGGAAGACAGUAAUGUUACUGAUUUUACAAUAGAACCAAGUAAAUCAUUGAAUUCGAAGGAUCCUUGUGAAAAAUCAUCGACAAAUGAAGAUAAUCAAAAGGAUAUAAUCCAUGAUGACGUAAAUACUGGGAAUUCGUCCGAUAAAAGAGACGUCUCGUUGAUUAAGGAACGAAAAAAAAUUAGAAUUGCUAAUGCACAAUUAAUUUCAUAUUAUCCAAAUAUUCCAGGUAUAGGACCUCGUUUAUCUGCAGAAGAAGUGGCAAGCGUUGCUAUAUGGAUGAGCGAAUGUGCUAGAUUACAAGAAGGAAUGAUUGGUCCACGAAAUCUUCGACAUCCUCAAUGUCCUCCCUUAUAUAAGCAAAGACAAUCAGAAUCAUGAUAGUAAUAAAUACAAUGUAUUUGAA